AUGGAUUCUGAGUUUGAUACGGCAUUUCGUCUUCGAUACUAUGGAGGCUUCGAGAGUGCAUUUGUAACAUGGAAAGGAAAGGAGGCCAAAUACAUAAAUACUCUUAAUUUGGUGAAACUCAUUGAUCUUUCAAGCAAUAAUUUAGUAGGUGAUGUUCCUGCAAAAAUUACCAGUCUUGUAAUGCUAGUUGGAUUGAACAUUUCAAGAAACAACCUAUCUGGAUUCCUUCCUCCAAAUUUUGAACUAUUAAGGUCUUUGGAUUUUCUUGAUUUUUUGAGAAACCAGUUCUCUGGUGGUAUUCCUACUGGUGUUUCUCAACUGGAUCAACUUGGAGUGUUAGAUUUGUCAUACAAUAACUUGUCGGGCAAAAUUCCACAAAGCAUUCAUUUACAAACUUUCAAUGCUUCUACAUUUGAGGAAAACCCUGGACUUUGUGGCCUUCCACUUACAAAUGCUUGUCUAGAAGACGAAAUUGUUCAAGUCCCAAAGAUCGGUUUUAAUGUUGAUGGGUUGAAAAACCAAGAGGAGGAUAAGCUUAUCAAUGAUGGAUUUUACAUUAGUGUGGUAGUUGGGUCCGUUUUUGGAUUUUGCAGUGUAUGCGGAACUUUCGUUCUCAAUCACUCGUGGAGGAUUGCAUUUUUCAAGUUCUGGAAAAUCAUAAUGGAUUGGUUGUAUGUAAAGAUAGCUAUCAGCAAAAUCUGUCUAAGAGAAGCAUAUCACAAAUUUGUAAAAUUUUAG